CUGGCUGGUCAGGAUGAAAACAUCAACAAACUGACCAAGGAGAAGAAGUCCCUCCAAGAGGCCCAUCAGCAAACGCUGGACGAUGUCCAAGUAGAGGAAGACAAAGUCAACUCCCUGACCAAAGCCAAGAGCAAGCUGGAGCAGCAAGUGGAUGAUCUCGAGGGCUCAUUGGAGCAAGAGAAGAAGAUCCGCAUGGACCUGGAGAGGGGUAAGAGGAAGCUGGAGGGGGAUCUGAAGCUAGCGCAGGAAUCCCUGAUGGAUCUGGAGAAUUACAAGCAGCAGUCUGAGGAGAAAAUGAAGAAGAAGGAAUUUGAAAACAGCCAGUUACAGGGCAAGAUUUCGGAUGAGCAAGCCAUAAAUAACCAGCUGCAAAAGAAGAUGAAGGAGCUCCAAGUAAAGCGGAUUGGUAUUAAAGAAGAGCUGGAGGAGGAAGUCGAGGCCGAGCGAGCAGUCCGAGCCAAGAUCGAGAAGCAGAGGUGCGACCUGACCAGGGAAAUGGAGGAAAUCAGCGAGAGGCUGGAGGAGGCCGGCGGAGCCACGUCCGCCCAGAUCGAGACGAACAAGAAGCACGAGGCCGAGUUCCUGAAGCUGCGGCGGGACCUGGAGGAGGCCACGCUGCACCACGAGGCCACGGCCGCCGCCCUGCGCAAGAAGCAGGCCGACGGCAUGGCGGAGCUGGGCGAGCAGGUCGACAACCUCCAGAGGGCCAGGCAGAAGCUGGAGAAGGAGAAGAGCGAGCUCAAGAUGGAGAGGGACGAUCUGGCCGGCAACAUGGAGACCGUGGCAAAGGCCAAGUUCAACCUGGAGAAGAUGACUCGCACGCUGGAAGACCAGGUCAUGGAGCUGAGGACCAAAAACGACGAGAACGCCCGGCAGAUCUCAGACCUGUCCAGUCAGAGAGCUCGUUUUCAGACUGAGAACGGUGAGCUCUCCAGGCAACUGGAGGAAAGAGAGAGCCUCGUUUCUCAGCUGACGAGGGGAAAGCAAGGAUUCACGACGCGGAUCGAGGAGCUAAAGCGGCUGAUCGAGGAGGAAUCGAAGGCAAGCGAAGCUCCCAAACACAGAUCUUCUCAGCUGGGCCAGGAGGCUUUGUUAGCGAAGAAUGCUUUGGCUCACAGUCUGCAGUCGGCUCGCCACGACUGCCAUCUCCUCCGCGAGCAGUUCGAGGAGGAGCAGGAGGCCAAAGCGGAGCUGCGGCGCUGUUUGUCGAAGGCCAACACCGAGGUGUCUCUGUGGAGGAACAAAUACGGGACCGACGCCAUUCAGCGCACCGAGGAGCUGGAGGAGGCAAAGAAAAAACUCGCUCAGCGUCUCCAAGAGGCCGAGGAGCAGAUCGAAGCGGUGAACUCCAAGUGCGCCUCGCUGGAGAAAAGCAAGCAGCGGCUGCAGAACGAAAUGGACGACCUGAUGGUGGAUGUGGAACGAUCCAACAACUCAGCCGCCACGCUGGACAAGAAGCAGAGGAGCUACGACAAGGUUCUGGCCGAGUGGAAACAGAAGCACGAGGAGUCUCAGGCGGAGCUGGAAAGCACCCAGAAAGAGUCCCGAUAUCUGACCGCGGAGCUGUUCAAGCUGAAGAACUCUUACGAGGAAGCCCUAGACCACCUGGAGACCAUGAAGAGGGAGAACAAAAACCUGCAGCAGGAGAUCUCAGACCUGACGGAACAAUUGGGAGAGACUGGAAAGACGAUUCACGAGCUGGAGAAAUUCAAGAAGCAGGUGGAGACGGAGAAAAGCGACAUGCAGGCGGCCCUGGAGGAAGCUGAGGCUUCUCUGGAGCAAGAGGAGUCCAAGAUCCUGCGCACGCAGAUGGACCUGAGCCAGAUCAAAGCCGAGGUGGACCGCAAAGUGGCGGAGAAAGACGAGGAGAUGGACCAUCUGAGGAGGAACGGCCAGAGGGCGAUGGAGUCCAUGCAGGCGGCGCUGGACGCCGAGGUCCGGAGCCGCAACGAGGCCCUGAGGGUGAAGAAGAAGAUGGAGGGGGACCUGAACGAAAUGGAGAUCCAGAUGAGUCACGCCAACAGGCAGGCGGCCGAGGCCCAGAAACAGCUGAGGGGCGUUCAGGGGCAGCUCAAGGUACGGCCGCUUUUCACUGAGGGGGAGGAAAACUGA